AUGGUGCUGUCCAAUGACAUCGAUCUGCUGCACCCGCCCGCGGAGUUGGAGAAGCGCAAGCACAAGAUGAAGCGGCUGGUGCCCACGCCCAACAGCUUCUUCAUGGAUGUCAAGUGCCAAGGAUGUUUCAGCAUCACGACGGUGUUCAGCCACUCCCAGACAGUGGUGCUGUGCGGCAGCUGCUCCACUGUGCUGUGCCAGCCCACCGGGGGCAAGGCACGCCUCACAGAGGGUUGCUCCUUCCGCAAGAAGGGCGACUAA